AUGUUCCGCUUCACUCGCCCACUUCUCAGAGCCGUCACAAAGCAAACAACAGGAAUCAAAGGCCUGAACGUCCACCCAAACCCUCUCCCAGAGCUCGUCAAGACGUACCAAACCACACUCUCCGUUCUCUCCCAAAUCCCACCAACUUCUGUCUACCGCCAGGGCGUUGAAGCUCUGACACGGCAACGUUUGAAGAUCGUAGAGGACUCGAACGGGGACAUUGCGGCCGUCGAAAGUCAGUUGCAGGAUGGUCAAAUCGAACAGUCGUUGAAUAUUGCGGCCGAUGAACUGAGCUUGGCCAACAAGAUGCUUCAGUGGAAAGCCUGGGAACCCUUGGAGGAGAAGCCUGCCCCGGGCCAAUGGGAAUACUUUGGAACCGAGACGACAGCCUCCACGGCAUCAUAG